GAAGACAGAUGGAGAAAGUUCUGCUGAUUGUCCUGGCUGCCUCAGUAGACGCCCAGAUCCGAUUGGUUGGACCAUCUCGCUGUUCUGGUAGAGUUGAAGUUUACUAUAAUGGAACCUGGGGAACCGUGUGUGAUGAUCUCUGGGACCUUCACGAGUCCACGGUGGUCUGCAGACAGGUGGGCUGUGGGCUGCCAAAGAGUGCCCCAAUGGCAGCAUACUUUGGUGAAGGAACCGGGCAGAUCUGGCUGGACGACGUGGCCUGUGUGGGAAAUGAAAGCAGUUUGCUUGAGUGCCCUCAUAACAGAUUUGGAAACCAUAACUGUGGACACAGAGAGGAUGCUGGUGUCAUUUGUGAAGAUGCCCAGUUCAGAUUAACUGGUCCAACAAGGUGUUCUGGAAGAGUUGAAGUUUACUAUGAUGGAUCCUGGGGAACAGUGUGUGAUGACGCCUGGGACAUGAAUGAAGCCGCGGUGCUCUGCAGACAGCUGGGCUGUGGCCCGGCGCUGAGUGCACCAACGAGGGCCCACUUCGGUGUGGGAACUGGACAGAUCUGGCUUGAUGACAUGGACUGUUCCGGUAGUGAAAAGAGCCUCUCUGAGUGCUCCAACCCCGGCUUCGGGAUACAUAACUGUGGACACAGUGAAGACGCCAGCGCCAUGUGUGCUGCUUCCCAGAUCAGGUUAACUGGCCCAACCAGGUGCUCCGGGCGGGUGGAGGUGUUCUUCAACAGCAGCUGGGGAACGGUGUGUGACGACGGCUGGGACCUAACUGAUGCUGCGGUGGUCUGCAGACUGCUGGGUUGUGGGCUGCCGCAGACUGCCCUCAGCGGUGCACACUUCGGUGAAGGAACCGGGCAGAUCUGGCUGAGCAAUGUGGGCUGCUCCGGACUGGAAGACACUCUGACUGAGUGCUCCCACAGCGGCUUUGGGAUAAACAGCUGUGGACACGCUGAAGAUGCUGGUGUCAUCUGUGGCUCUCCGGUUAGAUUAGCUGGUCCAAGCAGGUGUUCUGGACGAGUGGAGGUCUACCACAGCCAGACCUGGGGAACAGUGUGUGAUGACGGCUGGGACAUGAAUGAUGCGGAGGUGGUCUGCAGGGAGCUGGGCUGUGAUAGAGCACAUGGAGCUCCAGUAGGAGCCCUUUUUGGCCCAGCAGCUGGGAGCAUCCUGAUGGAUGACCUGGUCUGUUCUGGACCUGAGGGCAGCCUGUCUGAGUGUGCCCACAGAGGGUUUGGGUUACAUAACUGUCAACAUACUGAAGAGGCUGGAGCCAUCUGUGAAGUCAUUACGAAGAAAGUGGUGAGACUGAAAGUGCUUCAAAGCUCCUCUCUGGACCUGAACCAUCCUGCUGUUCUGGAGAGCCUGCUGAAGCAGCUCAAACAGAAGCUGCAGGACCAGGGGCUGAAAGGAGAUAUCAAGCUGAGCUGGAUGACCUCAGAUGGAAAGAUCUUCAAAAAGGAUGAAGAGGAGACUAAAUAA